AUGAAGGCUCUACUUGGGUCUCAAGAUCUUUGGGAUCUAGUAGAAGAAGGCUAUCAAGAGCCAAGAGAAAGAGAAGCUCUCACCAAUCAACAAAGAGAGUCUCAAAAGAGGGAUAAGAAAGCCUUAUAUUUCAUCUAUCAAUCUACAGAUGAGUCAGCCUUUGAGAAGAUCGCGGUGGCAACCACUUUAAAGCAAGCAUGGGAGAUUCUUCAAAAUUCUUAUAAAGGAGUAGAGAAGGUGAAGAAAGUUCGCCUUCAAACUCUUCGAGAUGAAUUUGAAGCCCUACAAAUGAAGGAAUCCGAAUAUGUUUCGGAUUAUUUCACAAGAGUCUUAGCCGUUGUUGAUCAAUUGAGGAGAAAUGGCGAAACUAUGGAUGACACCAGAGUAAUAGAGAAAAUUCUGUACUUAUUGGAUGUCAAAUUUGACUAUAUUGUGGUUGCCAUCGAGGAGUCAAAGGAUUUGGAAGAGAUGACUAUAGACGAGCUUAUGGGUUCCCUACAAGCUCAUGAAGAAAGAUUCAAUAAGAGGAGGCAAGAGCCCUUGGAGCAAGUUCUUCAAUCCAAGGUUUCUUUGAAGAAGAACAAAGAAGACUCCAAGAAUGAAAGGAGUCAAAGAGUUGAAGAGAAGGCUCGUUAUGCAAAGAAGAAAGAAGAAGAUGGUGAUGAAGUCUUAUUGCUUGCUUGCAAAGAAGAUGACACCGAUGAGCAAAAUAUGUGGUUCUUGGACACCAGUGCAAGUAAUCACAUGUGCCGCUAUAAGAACAUGUUCAUGGGGUUCGAUGAAUCGGUGAAUGGACAUAUGUCUUUUGGUGACUCCUCCAAAGUAGACGUGAAGGACAAAGACCAAAGAAGAAUGAAGCUUGAAGAUAAGAGUAAAAAGUUUAUCUUUAUCAGGUAUGAUGCUCGAUCUAAAACUUAUAAACUCUUUAAUCCAAAAACUAAAAAGAUUCAUAUUAGUAGAGAUGUGGAGUUUCAUGAAGAUGGUAUGUGGAGUUGGCAAUCAAACAAAGAGCUAUUUUAUGAAGAGAAGGAAGAAGAAGAAAAAGAAUCAAAGGUACAUUUUGAAGUUUCUUCACCACCUUCAUCUUCACAUUCUAGAGUAUCACCUCUUUUGGAUGAUAGUCCAUUGCAAAGGAAGACAAGGAGUUUGCAAGAGCUAUAUGAGGUAACAAAUGAACUUAAUCUCGUUUGUCUUUUGGCUAACAAUGAAAAUAUUUCUUUUGAAGAUGCAAUACAAGAUAAGAUUUGGAAAGUCGCUAUGGAUGAGGAGAUCAAAGCAAUAGAGAAAAAUGAUAUUUGGGAACUUACUACUCUCCUCGAAGGCCAUAAAUCCAUAGAUGUUAAAUGA